GACACACGUCUUUAAAGACUUCCUCUCUCUGCAUGAUCUGCAUGAUGUGCUGGAAAGCACCAAACACACACACACACACACACCGCAGCUCAUUCUGACAGUGAUUCUCUGCUGUCUAUAAUAAAUGAAAUCAAAGUUUGACCAUGACAUCCAUGAACGUGACGUGUCUGAACUCAUGUUCAAUUUACACGUCUGAGUGGGACACGGCCAUGAACAAACUCUACACCUACUUCUACCUGAUCAUCUUCAUCCCGGGCCUGCUGAGCAACACCCUGGCCCUGUGGGUGCUGUGUCGGUUCAUAAGCAAAAAGACGAAGGCCAUCAUCUUCAUGAUCAACCUGACCAUCGCCGACCUGGCUCACGUGCUGUCGCUGCCGCUCCGGAUUCACUACUACAUCCAGGGACAAUGGCCUUUCGGCAGUGUGUUGUGUCUGCUGUGCUUUUACCUGAAGUACCUGAACAUGUACGCCAGCAUCGCGUUCCUGGUGUGCAUCAGCAUCCAGCGCUGUGCUUUCCUCAUGCGCCCGUUCCAGGCCAAGCAAUGGAAGUCCCGCUACGACGUGUGCAUCAGCCUGGCGGUGUGGAUGGUGGUGGGACUCGGCUGUUCACCCUUCAUUUUAAUGAGGAAAACUAGUGGAAACGGAACUGAAUGCUUCAAAGAUCUCCCGAUGCAAAAGCUGGACUUCCGCUUAGCCAUCUCCAUGAUGGCCGCUGCUGAACUCUUUGGGUUUAUCGGUCCAUUAGUCGUCAUCAUCUUCUGUACUUGCUUGAUAGUGAACUCUUUGCGAAAGCGGAUCCAGAAGGAACAGUCCACCGGUAACACGAGGAAGGCCUUGCGCAUGGUCAGGGUGUGCACAGGAGUCUUCCUCUUCUGCUUCGCCCCCUACCACAUCAACUUCCUGUUUUAUCUGAUGGUCACCCAGUGCAUCAUAACAAACUGUGAGGUGAGUCGGGCCAUCAAACAGUUUCACCCGAUCUCUCUGUGCAUGGCGAGCCUGAACUGCUGCCUCAACCCGCUCAUCUACUACUUCCUGACCACGGAGUUCAAGCAGCAGCUGGCGAGUCAGGGCAGCUCGGUGCUCCGGGGCCGGCUCAUGAGCACGGAGAGCACCAGCUCCUACAGGGAAUGAGUCCAACCGGCCGACAACCGGCCGUUCUGCUCAAAUAGGGGCAUUUAGUGUAGGGAUGCAACAACUACUCAGUAUUUUUUUCACAUCAUGACUAAGGCCCUGUUUACACGAGAACGCUCGCAGGUGAAAACGUAAAAAUAUUUUAUCGGAUGUGCCUUU